CAAAGGUACCAAAACAGAUAAAAAUUACGUGAGAGAGAGUUUGAGAGAGUUUUUUGGGAAUGAAGGUAGUGCAUUGGCUUCUAACGGUGGCAGUGGCCUGGUGGUUUCGACAAGACGGAGCUGCCGCCGUGUGCAAAAAACAUUACCAGUGUGGGAACGUGACCGUACCUUAUCCAUUCGGGCUCGAACCCGAUUGUAUGAGGUCCAAAGAUUUUUUGCUCAAUUGCACCAACGCCGAAGGGAGCGGUUUUCGACUAAUGUUGGGGAAUCUUAUGAUACGCAAAAUCUCGGUCGGGGACUCGACCAUGGUCGUCCGCCUCCCCGAAGCAUACAGGUGCUACAAUCAGAGUGGCAAGCUAGUAAAUGAAAGCAGUCCUGUGGCCAUCAAUCUACCUCCAAAUCCUCGGUACAGAUUCUCAGGAACCCGGAACAAGCUCACCGUCGUCGGCUGCAACGCCCUUGCGUCCGUGGCCGAUGAAAAAGGGACGGUCAAGAGCGGUUGCGUCUCCUACUGCAGCGGCAAUGUCAACUUCGCCAACGAGACCACUUGCUCCGGUCAAGGUUGCUGUCAAGCAUCCAUCCCAACGGAGCUCAAGACGCUCAACAUUAACGUCUCCUUCCUCGACCAAAACGGGUCGAACUCGGAACGCGGCCGCUGUGCACGGGCCUUCAUGGUGGACAACUGGUCAUUCAAUAUCUCAAACUUGACUCUCCCGACGUUCCAGGAUGUGGGUAACAACUUGGACCUUGUUCUGGACUGGAUGGUCGAAUCGGACGACAUUUGCGACAAGGCCAGGUCAAACCUGUCGAGCUAUGCCUGUGGUAAAAACACGGAUUGUAGAAACUUCGGGAAUGGACCGGGUUAUCGUUGCGUUUGCAGGGAUGGGUACAAUGGGAACCCCUAUAAUCCCUCCAAAGGAUGUAAAGCCAUUUGCUCAUUUGGAAAGAAGUACAAAGGAAAGAAGAACAAUAAAGACCGUUGCCCAAUUGCUCCUGGCGCCAUAGCUGGUGCAGCAAUUGCUGUGUCCGUCUUCGGCGUAACUAUUACUGGUUCUGUCUCGGUCACAAUGAGGUUGAGACUGAGAAAGAUCAACUUUAGACGAAAUGGAGGAGAGCUCUUGCAACAACGCAAAGUCCAAAUCUUCACGGAGGAAGAGCUGGCAAAAGCAACCAACAACUAUAGUGACAAUAAUAAGCUCAACAACGACCAUUCCAGUUCCGUUUAUGGAGGGAUAAUAGCAGGGAACACCGUGGUCGUGGUCAAGAAGCCUCAAGAUGAGCACAAGUCUAUAAUAAGGCAGGAUUUCCAAGAUGAACUUGAAUUUCUGAUGAAAAAGAGCCACAAAAAUAUGGUGAAGCUCAAAGGCAUAUGUUUGGAGACUGAAAUACCAUUGCUGGUUUAUGAAUACAUUCCAAAUGGCACCCUCUUCAAACUCAUCCAACAGAACGAGUUGACAUGGGAACAACGCUUCAAAAUAGCUGCUGAAGCUGCUCUUGCACUCAAUCAUAUGCACUCCAACACACAACCCCAAUCUUUCAUGGCAAUAUCAAAUUAGCAAACAUACUUAUGGGUCGAAACAACUCAGUGAAAAUAUCCGAUUUUGGAACUUCGGUACUUAUAUCACCAGAGCAUAGACAUAUCGUAGCCAUUCAGAAAAAAGACUCCCUGCACUACAUCGAUCCGGAAUAUUUAGUCACUGGCAUGCUAACAAUUCAAAGCGAUGUAUAUAGCUUUGGAGUUGUCCUUAUGGAGUUGCUCAUGGGAAAGAAACUUCAUGUUACGAAGUCUGAAAAGUCAAUCAAUACCAUCCAUCAUUUUAUCUCUUCCGUGAAGGGUGACACACUCUCCGAUGUCAUAAGCUUUGAGAGUGCUAGUCAAGAUGAAAUGAAGAAAAUACGAACCGUAGCUGAGAUUGCAGUGAGGUGCUUGGACCAAAGCGGUGCGAACAGGCCGGCAAUGAGCGUUGUGGCUGAGCAACUCGCCAAUGUCUACCCGAUCUCGACAGAUAAAGAAGAGGAUGAAGAGAAAGAAGAGGAUAAAGAGACCAAACGAGAAGUGGAUGCAAACGAUCUCUCGAGCUGUCUUUCCUGUCUGGGAAUGGAUUCCUGCAUCUGAUCCUUUAUUACCAUAGCGACAUGUCUGUCAAUUUGCCCGUAAGGACUUCUAGGGUUCAUCAUGUGCUUUGAAUAUAUGUUAUGUGUGCCAUUUGCUUUUGGACUUUAUAUUUGUGGAAGCAUCUUUGCAAGUUCAAGCGUGAGAAUUUAAUAUAAUAUAUGUAAAAGCCGUGUGUUGAAGUGGACUUAUAGGAGGCUGACAUAUAGCCUUCGACAUUAUCAUAA